AUUAUAUACAAAUACAUAGUUAUAUAUGAUAACUGACUAUUCAAUUUGCUCUGAAUAAAUGACUGGAAUUGAAAAAGAGAAAAGGAAAAAGUUGCUCAGCAGUUAUUCUGUUUGUAUUUAUCUGAACGGAAAUAUGUUGAAAUAAAAAGAAGAGGAAAAGAUAGCAAACUUUAUGACAAUAACUGUGAUAAGUUCAACAAACUUUUGAAUUAUAUUCUUAUUAAUUUAUUGAAAUAUUUAAGAAUAUUUUUAAGCCUAUACUCAAAUAGUUGGAUAUACACUGUCGAUAAACGUAUAGAAGAAAGUAUUGUUCGCAAAAGAAAACUUGAAUAAGAAUUAUGGAUGAUGACAACGAUGGUAGAUCUUCUGAACAGUUUGAUAAUGAUACAACAUCGGGUAGACAUUCGUUAUGGAGUCAAUUUGAAAAUCACGUUAAAUCUGUAAAUGGUGAUUCUUCUCAUCUACUUGAUAUUAAAGUUAAAUUGAAUUUACAAAAGCCAAGUAAGGAUUUUUUACUAGUUCAAAAGGAGCUAAAAGAUGAGAGAAAUAAUCAAGAUAAUAAAUCUGAUAAGAAUGGUGUUUGUUUUAAAUCACCCUGUUUUAGAGUUAUUCAUAGAAAACCUACUGAAAGAAAUCUAAAAGUUCCUACGAAACAAGCUUCAGAAGAUGUUAAAAAGGCUGCGAAGCGAGGUUGGCAUAAAAUAAAACGAAAUGUGGAAGACGUUAAAGCUGAUAGGAAAGCUGCGAAAUCUGAACAGAAUUGGGAUGUGUUGAAGCAUUGUCUAGACGAUAUGGCCGCUAAUGAAGAUGCAGUUAAACAAAGACUUUAUAAUCGUUAUUUAAAUGAUCCGUACAAAUGGAGAGAAAACUUGAGCCAUUAUCCGUCACAUGUUAAAAUUCGGGUUGAACAGGAGAGACGAGCGCGCGAAAGGGCCGAAAGAACUAUUAGUGCCUCUCCAAGAAUUAAAAAAAUAUUUUCGGGAGGAAACUCUCAAAGUGCUCAUUCAUCAAGACCAACUACGUCAAUAUCAAAGAUUAGACCCAAAAGUACACCUAACAUUGAAUUCAGUACUCGUCGCACUUACUUGAAGAAUGCUUGGAAAUAAAACAGUUCAAUCAAAGCUUCACUGUAUAACAAGUAUCGAAAACUAAGAAAGGAUAUAUAGGCUUACAGGUGACAAACAGCUCACAUAAAGUCGAAUAGUUGAUGUAUAUAUAUAUAUAUAUAUUUGCUGUUCAUUUAAUAAUCAAUAUACAUUUGAAUAAUUGAAGAA